CAUCCCUGAAUACCUGGUCACCAGUUAGGACUAUCAAGACGAGGACCAACAACCAGCUUUCUAUCCUUUCUGAAUAUUUUGAAAAUAUGAAAUAUUGAGAGAUGAAGACUCCAAUAAUAUUUUUGUGUUUGCUCGCCGUUGGUCUAUGGACCAGAUGUGACGGACAAAUACAGAAGAAAUGCAAGCGUGACCUGGUAUUUAUUGUGGACUCCUCCGGAAGCAUCAACGACGCGGAAUACGGUGACAUGAUCAAGUUUAUGGUCAACGUGGUCAAAGACGGUGGCGCCAUUGGCAUGGAUGAAGUGCGGGUCGGCGUGAUUAUAUUCGCCUCAUACAGGCAUAGUAGGAUAGCUCUGCACUUGAAGGACCAAAACACCGACAUCGUGAAACUCAUCGCGUUUAUCGAAACUAUCGAACGACUUUCGCGUGGUCAGACCACGCACACUUACUGGACAUUGACCAACCUGCUUCCGAAGUCAUACUUGGCCGCGAAUGGUGGGAGAGAAGGCGUGCAAAAGAUGGCAAUCCUAAUGACUGAUGGCGGAUCUAAGGACAGCAAAUAUUUCAAGGAAAGCGGACUGGCCUCAAUUGAGAAAGCCGAGGUCAGAAUGUACGUGGUUGGAAUCGGGGAUAAGGUGGACAAGCAAGAACUCCUUGAUAUUGCCGGAUCAAGCAGCAGAGUUUUCCUCGCUGGCAGUUACUCAAAACUAGCCGCGAUUGCCAACCCCGUCCACAAAGACCUGAAUUGUGUUACGACGCCCGUCUGCAGCCAACCCAAGGUGGUCGGUCCCUGCAAGGACAAACACAUGAGAUACUACUACGACGCUGGGACGAAUAACUGCAUAUUUUUCAUCUAUGGUGGUUGCGACGGCAACGCAAAUAACUUCAAGACGAGGAGAGCGUGCGAAAAGCAUUGUAAAAAACCGUGUCCACUCAGGUGUAAGGCUGGUUAUGUAUGCAAGUGGCAGCAAAGAUUCUGUAUCAAAGCGCCAUGCAAUCCCCCCGGGAAACAUGAAUGCAUCGCCAUCUGCAAAAUGCCCAAACUGCCGGGUCCGUGCAAGGGUUCCAUGAACAGAUACCACUACAACCCCAAGACCGAUAGCUGCCAGCGCUUCACCUAUGGCGGUUGUCUUGGCAACGAGAAUAAUUUCAGGACGAAGGCAGCGUGCGAAAAGCUAUGUGUUACGACGCCCGUCUGCAGCCAACCUAAGGUGGUCGGUCCCUGCAAGGGCUUCUUCCCGAGACUCUACUACGACGCUCGGACAAAUACCUGCAGAUUUUUCAUCUAUGGUGGUUGCGGCGGCAACGCGAAUAACUUCAAGACGAGGAGAGCGUGCGUAAAGCGUUGUAAAAAACGAUGCACCAUCAAGUGUAAGGCCGGACAUGUUUGCAGGUGGCAGAAGUUCAAAUGUUUGAAACCUCCAUGUCCUCGCGGUGGGAGAUAUAAGUGCUUCCCUAUCUGCGAAAUGCCCAAAUCGCGCGGUCCAUGUAGAUGCAUCUUCAAAAGGUACUACUACGACAAAAAAUUAAGACGCUGCGUCUUCUUCAUCUAUGGUGGUUGUUGUGGCAACGAGAAUAAUUUCAAGACAAAAGCAGAGUGCGAAAGGAUAUGUAGGCCUAAAAACGUGUGCACACUCAAGUGUAAGGCUGGUUACGUGUGCAAGUGGCAGAACAUCGCUUGUAUCACAACGCCAUGUCCCCCCGGGAGAUAUAAAUGCGUCGCUAUCUGCAAAAUGCCUAAGGUGGUCGGUCCAUGCGAGGCUCGCUUCAGUAGGUACUACUACAACGUCAGGACGGGUAGCUGCCAACGCUUCUUCUAUGGCGGUUGUCUUGGCAACGAGAAUAAUUUCAAGACAAAAGCAGCGUGCGAGAAGCUAUGUAGGCCUAAAACAGUGUGUCCACUCAAGUGUAAGGUUGGUUACGUGUGCAAGUUGCUGAAAAUCCUUUGUAAAAAAUGGCCAUGUCCCCCCUGGAGAUAUAAAUGCGUCGCUAUCUGCAAAUUGCGUAAGGUGGUCGGUCGAUGCAUGGCUCGCUUAAGUAGGUACUACUACAACGCCAGGACGGGUAGCUGCCAACGCUUCUUCUAUGGCGGUUGUGGUGGCAACGAGAAUAAUUUCAAGACAAAAGCAGCGUGCGAGAAGCUAUGUAGGCCUAAAACAGUGUGUCCACUCAAGUGUAAGGUUGGUUACGUGUGCAAGUUGCUGAAAAUCCUUUGUAAAAAAUGGCCAUGUCCCCCCUGGAGAUAUAAAUGCGUCGCUAUCUGCAAAUUGCCUAAGGUGGUCGGUCGAUGCAAGGCUCGCUUAAGUAGGUACUACUACAACGUCAGGACGGGUAGCUGCCAACGCUUCUUCUAUGGCGGUUGUCUUGGCAACCGGAAUAAUUUCAAGACAAAAGCAGCGUGCGAAAAGCUAUGUAGGCCUAAAAAAGCUAUCUGCAAAUUGCCUAAGGUGGUCGGUCGAUGCAUGGCUCGCUUCAGUAGGUACUACUACAACGUCAGGACGCGUAGCUGCCAACGCUUCUUCUAUGGUGGUUGUGGUGGCAACCGGAAUAAUUUCAAGACGAAGGCAGCGUGCGAAAAGAUAUGUUCUAAAUAGUAGGCGUUAAAAAGACGUGGGUUCCAACCAGUGACAGCCUAGCGAAGCAGACGACAUUCGUGACGUCAUCAAGGAUAUUGGCCAAGCUCCAUCCAGUAUAUAACGAUGGAAUACAUGUAGUAUCAUAGAGGUAGACAAGGCGUGCCAGGCUGUCCAAGAUAUAAGCCCUAAAAAUAUUUAGAUGCGAGAUUUUAUGAACUUUAGAUUGGUGACCCAAGAGUUACAUGACAUCCAGUUUUAACUCUCAAAAUCAAGACUAACAGGUCUCGUCGUUGUCAAAUCGAAUCAGCUUAUCGAAGAACUUGAGUAUUUCGUCGUAUGUAUUGUAAAAGAUGACAUUUGCCAUCAAUUAAUGUAACUUAUAAGCAUUUUAUCGAUUGAAUAGAAAAGUUUGUGAAUUAGACUUUGUAAAUCUCACAUCGAACUGAAACUUCUCGAAUAAUAAAGCCACGUCAUCGAUAGUUGAA